GAGACUGAUUGUUUCUGUUGUUCGGCGACUGUGAGAUCGAUGUGUAGUUCAUCUUUAUCCUUUCUUUUUCUCCCAGUGCGAAGCUGACCGUGUUUGUCUUGCAAGAGUGCUGCGGUUCGUGAGAGAGGUGCCGACUCGUGACACGAAAUAAGAUGAAAUUUGUACCUAGGUAAUAAGAAAUGAUGCGCAUUUCCUUGAUGUUGGAAGUAGACCGCAGAAUUUCAUUAUUUUCGUUUUCCACGAUUGAUCCUACCUUAUCACCAUCACGCACAGGGUGAGCCAAGGGAGCUCGGCGCUUAGUUGUGUAUCCUUUGCCCCAACAAACCUCUCGUCGAUCUCGAACGACACGCAUUUAUGAUAAAGUCUAUGGCGCCGUUGCAGCAUGAUAACUAAUGUCGAGGCGGUACAAAAAAUGAACAUUCGGGUGGAGAUGACUCUGGUACUUACAAACGCAGAAAAAUAUGAUCUCCACUUUAGGUUAUUGUUGUUGACUUGCAACGGCGUGAAUGUCAGCAAUUAUUUAGUAUUACCAAGUUUUUAGAGGCUGUGGUGUAGUAAAGGGCGUGAUAUAGAUAGACAACAUCACUUUCUGCCACUAAUUUUUUUUUUCUGACUGGCUAUGUACUGGCUAUGUAAGUCUUGUCUACUCUAGUUAGAAUCUCUUAGCAGCUAUUUGUUUUUGUUCAUGCAGGUAGCUGGAUAGACAUGAUAGAAGACUUUGAAUUAUUUCCUAUUAUUUGUUCCCUUUUUGUGCCGAAACUGAUACAACUAGUUUUCACUUCAUCUAUGUCGUAAUGAAUGUAUUCUCUUGGGGGAGAUUUUUUCCUGGAAAGAACUACAACAACAUCUCGUGUUCAGCUGAAAUUGAUUUGGAGUAGAUGAUGAAAAAGAAUGGACGCCGAAAGCCAAAUUAGGCUGUCUUCUGACGAAUUGCCCGUCUGCGGCACGGUUUUGCAGGGAUCGCGCGAGACGACAGACGGGUUCGUCGACCUCCAUGGUGGGAAGUCGGAGAUUCCACGGCUCAGCCGAGCCGCAAAUAUUGCGGAGCUGGCUGACACGGUGCAGGUGAAGCUCCGUAGACUCGACGAUAAUCAUGCUGCAGUAGACAGCUUUUACGCAGGUGGUGGAGUUAGUGCUCGCAAAGUUUUACCUUCGCCCUCGUCAGGCAAGACACCUGGCGUUGGUUCUCCGUUGCAACGGAAUAAUGGGAGCAUCUACAAGAGUGCCAAAACGGGAGGAGGUUUUUUAACAUCUUCAAUCGGGCGAAGCAAAUCUUCGAAUAAGAAUUUGGGUCCGAACUACAACAAGAACAAUGAUGAGGAUUCUUCCGAUCGGCAAUCCGGUGGCACGCGAGGACACAGUAGCACUAGCGAGGAGGAGCUGGAGCAAGUUCGAGGGAGCAGCACUCCCGAAAAAACCGAAGAGGAUCCCGAAGAGGAUCACCCACGACCAGCGGCAGUUGAAGUAGGUGACGACUCUUACUUUGGAGGUGCUGCUGCUGAAAGGUCCUCUCUUUUGCGCAAACGAACAAGAGGAGGCUCUUCACCUGAUGAUGAAGACGGCAUUGUAAAGAAGCCCUCCGCUACUUCAGCAAGUGGGUCUUCUUUACUAAACAACAAAGGAUCCUCGGCUUUCACGUCGGGUGCACUUGGCCGAGUCGUCAAUGAUCGACCUGUUUUGGCUUUCUCACCAAGCGAUACGGAGUUGAGCCGUCCUGUCACUAUUGAUUCGAGUGUGCCUGAGAAUUUCGCGGAAAGGCUGCAGCGCGAUGAGGCAGAGGCGACACGCUUAGCUGAGGAGAGAAAGCGGACGGCAGCGGCUAAGCUUCUGCAAAAUUUGAAAGGUACUGGAGACUUGUUGAAAAGCAGUAAGGAUUCAGCUGCGGAAGCCACGUUUUCUGAUUCAACUAAUUUAACAAGUGCAGCGUCCGGAACAACUAAAAGAACAAGACGUGGUGGCGAUGAAGAGGGUGGUGAAGGUGAAGAUAGUUCAUCAACGUCCUCGAAAGAUGGAAAGGAGUUGCCGCCAGACAUGCAGAUGGUUGAUUUUGCCGAUAUUCAAGGUUUUGAGGGCUCCAAUGGGGAAGAGCCGGCCAAAAUAGGUUUAGAGCAUGCGAUUGAGAAGGUCAUUUUGUCUCUUCUCUCUCCUGCGAUUCAUGGUCUGCAAUCAAUUGGGAUCCCCUCUGCGCAACGACGUGCCGAAGAGCUCCUGCAUGCGGUUAGCGAUGGUUCUGCACAUGCAGCGCCAGAGCUGGACCGAACGGAAAUUUGUGUCCGCCAAAUCAUCGCGGGAAGCGAGAACAAAGCUUCACGCGUGUUGCUGGACUUCUUCCUAGACAUGAUACCGUUUUUAGGUUGCCCUACGAUUUUGAUCAAGAACACGUGGGCAGAAUUGCGCGGUAUUGCGAUCAUCGCGGCGCUCUACGGCCAUGAUUUGAACCAGCCGCGUGUGCAACACGAGAUCCUCUGCUGCCUGGUACCGCACGCACCCCCAGACACGUUGAACACGAGUGCAGAUGGUACCUCAGUUUUGCUUACAGACACAGCGUCCAAAGUGGCGAAAGCCAUGAUCAAAAACGCGCUCGAGCGAGCUACGGGGUUGCGCGUGGCUGUGGAUGUAGUGGAGCUUGCGACCAUUUUGUACAAUCUCUACACCCCAAACAGUACGGGUAAGGACGGCUUGCAGAAAAACGGGAGAGUUGUCGAAGACGAGUCCGGUUUUGUUCAUGUUUCUACCACCCCGACAGCCACUGCGCGCCAGUAUUUUCGUCCCAAGAUGCUCACGCAGGUGAACCACAUCUACGUUCCUCUGUUGCUGCUAGGGUGCAUCGCGAAUCAAGUGGCGGCCAUGCUCUACUUCCUCUACAGCUCCUCGUGGUGGAUCGUUCUUCCUCUACUCUCUGCCGUCGCGGGAAUCACUUACUAUGCUUUGAUGGUCCGGUUCGACGACUUGAGCUACUUCGUGCAAACGGUGCCUGGUUGGUACCUCACAACCGCCGUUUUUGGCGUGCACGCAUUGCUACCGAUGUUUUCGGCCUUCAGUUCCAUGCAGAUGGUGGUACCCUUUGUUUUGAGAGCCGUAGAUCCAUCGGAGCGGGGCGCCCAUUUCGAAGAACUCUCCAUUUUCCUGCUGGGCUGCGCAAAUUUCCUGCAUCUGCUGCUGAAAAAACUAAACUUCGCAAAUCUGCAACCAGUGGAGCGGUUCGUUCAGAGGUACUCUAACCUACCUGUUUGAUUAAGAGGAUGUUUUUAGCAAGCCAAGGAUCGCAUUCGGAGGCCAGACGUCAGCACAUCCAUAGCACUAGGCCUGAAUGAUGGAGAUUGAAAAUCUGAAUGUAUUAAUGCUCACCUACGCCUACGUUCUUUUUCUCCUUAUUUCUACAACUUGCUUUGUGUUUUUCAUCAGGUGGCGUUUUCUUGGCGGUGGUCUGUUCCGGAAUCAAGAUCGCAAAGCUGUGGUCCUAGACAGUCAUGAGAUGUUGAAACGCAUUGUGAACGCAAUGCUGGUCGCCAGACGUGGAUUUCUCGUCGGGUGCGGCUGUGUUUGCGCUAUCUACAGCAUCAUUUGGCUCGAGUUCUUUGGCGGCAUGAUUUUUCUCGGAUCAAACUUACGGGGCUUGAUGCUCGGCAAUGUUUUGCUACAAAAUCGUCGUGGAACUGUGGACCUAGCGCAGCUGGGUCUCGGCGAAAUGCAGAUAGUGGCGAACCAUGGAAAUAUCACGGACGGCGUUUCUUACAACAACUCAUCCUUAGCAGACCUGUUGGACAUUGGAGGACAACACCAGGACGACGGCAUUGCACUCAAGCAAGAAAUUCGAGAUGCCCUGGACACUAACGGGGCUGAAGCUGCGGCCACGCGAACUAAGCAGGCAAGUACAACUCCUGGGGAUGGUGUAAAUAGUGGUGCAGCGGCUGAUAGUACCCAAGAGCAACAGGCGCAGCAGGGUCAACAACAAGACCAAGCAUCAGCAACGUCUUCAGGCACCGACACAACAACAGUAGCUCCUUCCGGCGAACAACGCAAUGAUGAUGCUACAUCAGCACAGCAACAGAUUUCUACUGUGCAGAGUGUCGGUGUGGGUCUAGCAGAGCAGCAAGGCAGUGUGCAAGAGUUUUUUGAAAAUUUGAGCACGAAAACGGGCAUCGAGAAGGAGAGCAUUUUGCUGAUGACCGACGCCGCUACGUCUCACACGAUGACGCUGCAAGAGCUGGAGGACGAAUUCAUUGUGUGGCACUUCCUACUCGGUUCCCGACUUCUACUGCUAGCGGCUCUCGCCGCAUGGUGCCAGCACCACGUGGCUGACGUCCUGAGGAAACGCGAGGUCUUGUUGAAACUCGUUGGAGCGGAACGGAUAAUGGCGAACUCUCUCUGCUUGCUUCUCAACGGUGUCGCAAUAAUAAGUGGCACGCACAUCACCAACUUAACUCUGGCGGACUUCCUCGAGAAAAUAUCACCCCCGGCCAUCGUCUGCUGUGCAAUCGUUGCAGCCAGGUACUGACUGCGUUCCUGCUUCACAGUCAUUGCUAGAAGUGAUGAUAGUUGGGCGUUCUUGUGUCAGAUUUUAUCAAUCUAUGCGAUCGCGAUAAUGGCGCUUUUUUUUUGAAAAUGACUCCGUCAUCAAGGAUACACUUUCACUCUUACUUCGUUCUACCACAAUCAGGUCUCGCGCACUGUUGCUUGGGUUUUGUCUAUCGUUGUUUCCUGCGGUCGAAAGCUGGAUUCUUCCCAUUUUCAACUAUAGUGGAAGCUUUGUUAGUGGCGCUAUUCUUUCCGGCUGGGCAUUUUCCAUUCUGGGCCGCGAGUAUCUUAAGCAUGGACGAAAUAUGGAGCCAAGUUAUGCCUACAGGCUUGCGUAUCUCAUGCCAGGAGAUGUAUCUGACCGAACAGUCGCCUUCCUAGAUGACGUAGUCAGUAGAGUCCGAAAUCGUACGAUGCAGUGGGCUGCGGUGAACUUCCUGGAAAAAGUCUUCCGAUUUUUUCUCGGCAGGCGGAUUCAGGCAGCCUGAGUUCGUGCCGGAUAUUUGAUAUUUUGGCUCCAUUGAUUCGUUCGUCCUCGAGGCACUCGCUUUCUAGGAUGAACAGCCGCGGCCUUGUGAUGAGCAGAGAGUCCGUCAGCUUCAACGACUUACCCGUCAUUGAAUGAUAUUCCUUCGCGUAAAGUUCAUCUACCCUUUUUGGAGGUUUUAAAGAAUCUGUAUCGUUCGUCUGAAGGUGACAGCUCGGCGUCGUAACCACGACGGACUCAUGCGCAGAGAAUUCGCCUUGCUUUUUGAUUCUUUGAAACAAGUAGUUCGUCCGACCCCCAGGAAAGCAGAACGAUGGAUAAGUAUCCUUGUGUAAAUAAAUUUUUUUCUGGUACUUCGUUGGACAUGUACCUACCCGCUUGAUAUCAAAAUAUCGAUCCCCAUUCACCAUACCCCCAUAACUUUUGCCCUUUUGGAAAAAGUGUAUAGUCAUUGUUUUUUCUACCGAUUCUCACUGCCACAGAGAGUGAGAUGUUGUGAGCAGGAAAGAUAGAAAAAGACCCUCUGGUCAUACACAUGUUUUGCUGGCAAGAUGAACGCAAAAAGAGAAGCUCAAUCAAUGGUCGAAGGUGCUAGCACAAAAGAUAAUAAUCUUGGCUGUGGCUUCGCCUUUGCUUGUAAUUCGUGAAAGCAAUUGUUCUUCGAGUCUAGCACUUUUGUUCUUGUUCGUUGCAAGAUCUUCUACUUCGUCGAAAAUGUUGAGCAUU